AUGGACAAUAACGGCGGUUUAACAACAGUUCCCGAUUCAUAUAUCGAUAAUUCAGCGACCUUUGCUUCAUUCCAAUUAGAUACAAGAUUACAGCAAGCUUUAAAAAGCAAUGGCUUUAAUAACCCGACAUUAAUUCAAUCUAGUGCAAUUCCACUAGCAUUACAACAAAAAAGAGACAUUAUUGCCAAAGCAGCCACAGGCUCAGGUAAAACUUUGGCCUACUUAAUACCAGUUAUUCAAAUUAUCUUGGAACACAAAAAAAUAAAUAACCACAAUAUUGCAGCUGCGGGUGAUGGUGAUGGUGAUGGUGAUGGUUCUGCAAGUACCAUGGGAAUUGUUUUGGUUCCUACCAGGGAACUAGCUGAACAAGUGUACAAGGUUUUACAAAAGCUGUGUAUGUUUUGUUCCACGGAAAUACACUCAUUGAAUUUGUCGUCCAGUAUUACAGAAAAUGUAAUUAACUCUUUGUUAAUGGAAUCACCAGAUAUUGUUAUUUGCACACCGGCUAGAUUGGUACAAUAUUUGAAUACAACUAAUCAGGCAUUUUCCUUGAAAAACUUGAAAUUUCUAGUUAUUGAUGAAGUCGACUUAAUAUUGACAUUUGGGUACCAAGAUGAUUUGGAAAAGAUUGCUGAAUUCUUGCCUUUAAAGAAAAAUUUACAAACUUUCUUAAUGAGUGCUACGUUAAAUGAUGAUAUCCAAGUUUUAAAAAACAAGUUUUGCCGAUCACCAGCCAUUUUGAAACUAAAUGAUAACGAAAUUAAUAAAGAUAAAUCUAAAUUGGUCCAAUAUUAUGUUAAAGUUGGCGAAUUUGAUAAAUUUUUAUUAUGUUAUGUUAUUUUCAAACUAGGUUUAAUUAAGGGGAAAACUUUAAUAUUUGUUAAUAACAUUGAUAGAGGCUAUAGAUUAAAGUUGGUUUUGGAGCAAUUUGGCAUUAAAUCUUGCAUUUUGAACAGUGAGUUGCCUGUAAACUCUAGACAACAUAUUGUUGAUGAAUUCAACAAAAAUGUUUAUCAUUUGUUAAUCGCCACGGAUGAUACAGAAUAUAUUAGGGAAGAAGAUGAAGAGGAAAAAGAAGGGGGAGAAAAGGGGGAGAAUGAAAAUAAAGAAAAAGAAUCACAAAAUGAAUUGGACAAAGAAACGGAAAGCAAGAAUAAUAAAAAAUCUAAAGUUCACAAAGAUAAAGAAUAUGGUGUUUCUCGUGGUGUUGAUUUUAAAAAUGUUUCAUGUGUUUUAAACUUUGAUUUACCCACUACUGCCAAAUCGUAUGUACAUAGGAUAGGUAGAACCGCACGUGCAGGUAAAUCAGGCACUGCUAUUUCGUUUGUAGUACCUUUAAAGGAAUUUGGCAAACAUAAACCAUCAUCAUUACCAACUGCUAAAAAGGACGAAAAGAUAUUAAGUAGAAUUAUUAAACAGCAAUCUAAGUUAGGCUUUGAAAUGCAACCUUAUUCUUUUGACAUUAAACAGAUGGAAGGUUUUAGAUACAGAAUGGAAGAUGGGUUCCGUGCAGUAACACAAGUAUCAGUUAGAGAGGCUCGUAUUAAGGAAUUAAAACAAGAAUUGUUGGCUAGUGAUAAAUUAAAAAGACAUUUUGAAGAAAAUCCACAAGAUUUGCAGAGUUUGAGACAUGAUAAAGAGUUACAUCCUUCACGAGUACAACAGCAUUUAAAAAGGGUUCCAGAAUAUUUAUUGCCUGAAAACGCAAGAGCUGACAAAAAAAAAAUUGGGUUUAUUCCGUUUUAUAAUGCCAACAAACGGAGAAAAAAUACUAAUAAAGUUAACAAAAAGAGAGGAUUUAAUAAUAAGGGUAAAAGUGAUCCAUUGAAGAACUUUAAAUAA